CCAAAAUAUCUGCUUAAUUUCUUCUUUAAGUAUUUGCUUUGCAAUGGAAAGGAAGGUGUGUAGGGGUAGGCAAAAGAUUGAGAUGAAGUUGGUUGAAUCUAAAGAAGCACGCUACGUUACCUUUUCAAAAAGGAAACAAAGCCUGUUCAGGCAAGCAAAUGAGCUUUCAACUUCGACGGGAAAAGAUGUUGGUGUUCUCCUCGUUUCACCUAGUGGAAAGCCAUAUUCCUAUGGCUCCACUAGUAUAGAAAAUAUAAUUGAUAAAUUCCUUGUUUGGGAACUAAAUAAUCCUCAGGUUGUCGAUCAACCUGAUGUGAGGAAAUCAUAUGUCUUUCAGGCAUUUAAUGAUCUUUGUAAUGAAUCACAAGUACUGAACAAGGAGGAAGAAAGUAAAAAAAGAAGGUAUAGGGUCUUGUACCCUGGUUCAGAAAUACCGCCUGAUAAAAACAGGUUAGAGCAGUUGAUAGCACUCAAGUUGCGAUUGGACAAAAUAAAAAAAGAAGCAAAAAAUAAUAUUUUGGCCGAGCGCUCCAAGUUUGAUUUGAAUGUUGUUUCUGAUCCCGAUGAGGGAGAGAGUUCUGAAACUCACUAAUGUGCAAUGCUGAUUGGAGUUCUUGAAUUUGGGACUAGUGCAACUAUCAAGUUUUUUAGUUUGGUCAAUUAUGUGGUUGUCUUGUUGUCAAGUCAGUUAUUUUAAGUGUUCGGUCGUCAGCGUAAAAAAAAAAAAGUUUAUGAAGUUCUUAUGUUUUUCUUGUCCUUUGUGUAAAUCCAAUUAAAUAAACUCUUCUAUGUAGGGCUGUUCACGGGAAAUCGAUAAAUCGAAUCAAAUUUGAGAAAAAAUCGAAA